AUGGCCUCAAGGCCUAGUUUCAGUGAUAUGCACUCGCCGUCGCGCGAAGCCUCGCGAGGCGGGCUUCCAUCUCCCCGCAUCGAGCAUUUUGAUGGGGAAAUCCCGCCCGCCUUAUCGCCGCUCGACGCCUUUGCCGCCCAGGGCCGCUUGCUGGCCAGACAGCUGGAUGAGUCUCGCCGAAGGGACCGUCGCAUGAGCAGACUGCCCCCGGCGAGCGUCGCCAGGUCGCUGUCCCAGCCCCGCCCAGGCUACUUUCGCAGCCCCCCAUCCAACGACUCGCAGCCGGGCAUCGCAAGGCGACCAACCCAGAAGGCCAGUCCGGAGGUCGAGCAGCCCAGAUUUCGUCCCCAGUCCGAACACCCGCGUCUGAGCGGCAUAGCCAGCGUCGCCGGCGAUGUCGACCGUCUGGAGGAGGGAUCAUCCCCAUACUAUGACGAGGAGGAGCUGCAGCCGCCCUCUUCCCAGCUGCCCGAAGUUGCUGACGAUUAUCAUCUGCCACGUGCCGAAUCCCCAGAGGACUCCUCAUGGACCCUCCGCCCCGUUGGCAUGGCCUUGUCUGGAAUCCCGUCGGCCGACUCGCCUUCAUCCCGUCUCCAUGUCCCCCACGGUCUGGCGCGGCCGUCAAACAACUUCGCCAGGAUAAAUCAGCCGGAGAGCUCGGAUGACGACUACAGCAGCUCCAACGCCGGCUCGACCUUCUCUGCCGCCCGCAAGUUGUCGUCCGGGAGCGCCAUGUCCGUGCCACACUCGCCCAUGUCCCCCGCCGUGCGAUCGCACCCCCGCUCGCCCUCGAUCAGUUCGGAGACCUCGAUCCCGGGGGGACCUCUCCCGCGACCCUCCUUUAACUUCUCGCGUCCCCUGAGCCGAUCGAGCACGAGUCUGUCCGCGCCCACUCCUCUGGCGCCGCCGGACGAGGAGGAUCAUGAUGAUAAUAUGGUCAGCCCGCCACCCAGUUUGAUCAACCGAGGUAAUAAGCCCAACCCGAUUUUUGUGCCUUCACGUUCAGACCUCUGCCUCAAACGCCAUGAUACGGAGCCGCCCACGUCGGCCGUAUCCACCUACACCUACUCCAAGUACUCCCUUCCCCGUGGUCGCAUGCUUUCAAGAGACUCCCUGGUCUUCUCUGGUCUUCAAACCCCACAUUUUGAAUGGGCAGAGCCCUUGUUCGAGAACUCGCCUCCUCCCAGUGCUUCCAAGACCGACCGGACUGCCCGAAGCCCAUCCCCUUCCCCUUCCCGCAAGUCACUCUCGACUAACCGACAAUUCGUCACAGAGGAAUCUCCUGUUCCCCCUCGUACUUUACCGCACCAGACAUCUCUCCCUACCGCUCCAGUUCCAGUUCCAGCUCCGGCUCCAGUUCCAGCUGCCAUCCCCAAGCCCGACGAGAAAGACGAGACCACCUCGUCUACGGAAUCGGCGAGCACGAUUCGGCCCCAGACAGCGCAGACGGGAGCCUCAUCCAAGGUGGCUCUGAACGCAGACGAACAUCUGGCGCUGGGCAUUGAAUGCCAUGAGAGGGGGUCACUGAACGAAUCCACCUACCAUCUUCGCAUCGCCGCCAAGCAAAACCAUCCCACGGGAAUGCUGCUGUACGCCCUGGCCUGCCGUCACGGGUGGGGGAUGCGCGCAAACCAGCGGGAAGGCGUGCAGUGGCUGCGCAAAGCCGUAGACAGCGUCGGUCUGGAACUCUCCGACGAUUCUUCUUCUUCUUCUGCUGCUUCUGCUUCUGCUUCUGCUUCCGCCUCCAACAAAGCAGCAGCACCGGGCAACAACCAGCGAAUGCAGGAGAUGAUGGAACAAAAGGCGUACCGGGCGCAGUUCGCGCUGAGCAUCUACGAGCUGGGCGUCAGCCAUCUCAACGGCUGGGGCAUCGAACAGGACAAGUCCCUGGCGCUGCGGUGUUUCGAAAUCGCAGGCCAAUGGGGCGACGCGGACGCGCUGGCCGAGGCCGGCUUCUGCUACGCCGAGGGGAUCGGAUCCAAAAAGGACCUGAAGAAAGCCGCCAAGUUCUACCGCAUGGCUGAGGCCAAGGGCAUGAGCAUGGUGGGGAAUAGCUGGAUCUACAAAGACAAGUACUUGUCCGACGACGACACUCCGCCUCGCUCUCGUGGCCGUCAGGCUGGCACCCCCGAGAAGAAGGGCCGGAGCAAGUCGCGCACUCGCAGCAUCUUCCAGCGCAAAAAGUCGGCCGCCUCUGAACAUGCGCCUCUUCCAUAG